GGCUUGAGAAACACUCUAGGGGUCUGCAAGAGCUUUUGAGUUGCUUUAUUUGGGUUAUUCCUCGAGACCGGGGGCUCGUGGUGUAGACGUAGACCUACCGAGGGCUAAAAGUGGCUUCUGUUGCCCCUACAGGUCCGGACUGUCUGCUCAGAAGAAAGCCGGUCUCCCAGCUGCCCUCAGGCCUUUCCCACAGCAGCUCAGAUGGUGGGCCAGGAAGCCGUGCCCUCCUCCCCACCCCCGGAACUCUGUCAAGUGGACCACCCAGCUGUAUGAAGGAAAGAUAACCCUUCGCUUGUCCCCAGCGCGGGCUGAAGAUGACUAAUUACACAUCAGCCCCGGAGGAGGACUACGACGUCCUCAUAGAGGGGGACCUGAAUGGCGAUGACAUGGAAACAUGCCCUCCGUACGACGCCAAACUUCUCUCGAGCCGGGUGGUCCCUCUGCUCUUCAGCUCCGUGAUUCUGGCUGGUCUCCUGGGCAACACCUUGGCUGUGCCUAUCCUGGCAAAACACAAAGGACUCAGGCACACGGAAAAAGUCUAUUUCCUAAACGUGGCGUUUUCAAAUCUAUGUUUCUUGCUCUCCCUGCCUUUCUGGGCCUACGCCGCAUCCCAUGGUGGGGUUCUGGGCAACCCCAUGUGUAGAAUUCUCAUCGCAUUUUCCUCCACAGGCCUGUACAGUGAGGCUUUUUUCAACGUCCUUCUGAUCGUGCAAAGAUACCUGGUGUUUUUCAACAUGAGAACCUUCCUCCCCGCCAGGAUGGUGCGCUGGGACAUCGUCUCGAGUGUCCUGGUGUGGGUCCUGGCCACACUGGCCGUUUUGCCUGAACUGGCAUUCUAUGAACCUCAGAUGGAGAGCCAGAAAUACGAGUGCUUCCUCAGCAGACCUCACUUCCUGCCAGCUGAUGAAGUGAAGUGGAAGCAUUUUCUGUCCCUAAAGAUGACCAUUCUGGGCUUCCUUAUUCCACUGUGCGUCUUGACGUUUUGCUACGCUCGACUGCGAAAACCACUGAGGUGUAGGGGACGGGAGGACCACCCUCACAACCUUGUGUUUGCCGUAGUGGUUGUUUUCCUUCUGAUGUGGGGGCCCUACAAUAUUGCACUCUGCCUGUCUACCUUCAAAGAACAUUUCUCCCUACACGACUGCAACAGCAGCUACCGCCUGGAUGGAAGCGUGCAGAUCACCAGGAUUGUCGCUGCCACCCACUGCUGCGUCAGCCCUCUGCUCCACGUGGUCCUCGACACCACGUUCCGAAGACACCUCUGCCAUCUUUGCUGUCUGUGGCGUGACAGGCCACUUCGGGCCACCGAGGAUCCCGUGUAAGAUGUGUCCGUGGAAGAACAUGACCGUUCCACCAAAGUGUAAACUGGCUUCCGUCAACGGCAGGAUGAACACUGGGUUUUGUAUUGCUGCAUUGUUUUUGUGUAUUUACUUUUACACACCUGUAUGCAAAAUAGGAUAUGAGACAAGGGGCACCUGGGUGGCUCAGUCAGUUAAGUGUCAGACUCUUGAUUUCA